CGAGGGGCCGCCCGCGCCCCCGUCUGAGUCCGGCCCGCGUCCAUGGCGUUUCUGACCGCCUGGAAGGGGGCGGCCUCCGGGAAGAGCGACCGCAGGACUUCUGUGAGCAGCCUCCAUGAGGCCCUGGACCAGUGCAUGAUCGCCCUGGACCUCUUCCUUACCAACCAGUUCUCAGAAGCACUCAGCUACCUCAAGCCCAGAACCAAGGAGAGCAUGUACCACUCGCUGACAUAUGCCACCAUCCUGGAGAUGCAGGCCAUGAUGACUUUUGACCCUCAGGACAUCGUGCUGGCUGGCAACAUGAUGAAGGAGGCACAGACGCUAUGUCAGAGGCACCGGAAGAAGUCCUCUGUAACAGACUCCUUUAGCAACCUGGUGCAUCGCCCCACGAUGGACCAGUUCACAGAAGAGGAAAUCCAUGCUGAGGUCUGCUAUGCAGAGUGCCUGCUGCAGAGAGCAGCUCUGACCUUCCUGCAGGAUGAGAACAUGGUGAGCUUCAUCAAGGGCGGCAUCAAAGUUCGAAACAGCUACCAGACCUACAAGGAGCUGGACAGCCUUGUACAGUCCUCACAAUACUGCAAGGGAGAAAACCACAGACACUUUGAAGGAGGUGUGAAGCUCGGUGUGGGAGCCUUCAACCUGACGCUGUCCAUGCUUCCUACCAGGAUCCUGCGGCUUCUGGAGUUUGUGGGAUUUUCAGGAAACAAGGACUACGGGCUGCUGCAGCUGGAGGAGGGCGCGUCGGGACACAGCUUCCGCGCUGUGCUCUGUGUCAUGCUGCUGCUCUGCUACCACACCUUCCUCACCUUUGUGCUCGGUACCGGGAAUGUCAACAUUGAGGAAGCAGAGAAGCUCUUGAAGCCCUACCUGAAGCGAUACCCUAAGGGCGCCAUCUUCCUGUUCUUCGCCGGGCGGAUUGAAGCCAUAAAAGGCAAUGUUGAUACAGCCAUCCAGCGGUUCGAGGAGUGCUGUGAGGCCCAGCAGCACUGGAAGCAGUUCCACCACAUGUGCUACUGGGAGCUGAUGUGGUGCUUCACCUACAAGGGCCAGUGGAAGAUGGCCUACUUCUAUGCCGACCUGCUCAGCAAGGAGAACUCCUGGUCCAAGGCCACCUACAUCUACAUGAAGGCCGCCUACCUCAGCAUGUUUGGAAAGGAGGAUUACAAGCCGUUUGGGGAUGAUGAAGUGGAGCUGUUUAGAGCAGUGCCUGGCCUAAAGCUCAAGAUUGCUGGGAAAUCUCUACCUACAGAGAAGUUUGCUAUCCGGAAGUCCAGACGCUACCUCUCUCCCAAACCGAUCUCGUUGCCAAUCCCUGCUCUGGAAAUGAUGUACAUUUGGAAUGGCUACGCUGUGAUUGGGAAGCAGCCGGAACUCACAGACGGGAUACUUGGGAUUAUCACCAAGGCUGAAGAGAUGCUGGAAAAGGGUCCAGAGAAUGAGUACUCAGUGGAUGAUGAGUGCUUGGUGAAGCUGCUGAAAGGCCUCUGUCUGAAAUACCUGGGCCGUGUCCAGGAAGCUGAGGAGAAUUUCAGGAGCAUCUCUUCCAAUGAAAAGAAGAUUAAAUAUGACCACUACUUGAUCCCAAACGCCCUGCUGGAGCUGGCCCUACUGUUCAUGGAGCAAGGCAGAAACGAAGAGGCUGUCAAACUCUUGGAAACUGCCAAGCAAAACUACAAGAAUUACUCCAUGGAGUCAAGGACACAUUUUAGAAUCCAGGCAGCCAUACUCCAAGCCAAGUCUUCUCUAGAAAAUGGCAACAGAUCCAUGGUCUCAUCAGUGUCCUUGUAGUUUUACGCAGCACUCCCAGGCUGGAAGACAGAGACAGCUGGACAGAGCUCCUGGAAACAUUUCAAAAAGAUCCCCUCCCCCUGCCCUACCUUUGGGGUCCACCGGUGCUCCAGGGAUGGCAUGACAUAGGUAUCCAUGCAGAAGGGAAGCUGGCAUUUUCACCAGUGUGGCCAAGGGCCUUUACCAAGGACAGAGCAGGUAGAGCCCUCUGCCUGCCCUAUUACACAUACGGGUACUUGUUUUUCACUGUGAUGUUUAAGAGAAUGUAUGAACAGUUUACAUUUUCCUUAGAAAUAUAUUAAUGGGAUCACAGUUGGCUAAAAAAA